AUGACCGUCCCUGAUGAGGUUGAUAUCAUUGUGUGUGGUGGUGGCAGCUCGGGUUGUGUGCCCGCUGGACGUCUGGCCAACUUGGACCACAAACUUGACGUCCUCUUGAUUGAGGGUGGAGAGAGCAAUCUCAACAACCCAUGGGUCUACCGCCCCGGUAUCUAUCCAAGGAACAUGAAAUUGGACUCGAAGACGGCAACGUUUUACUAUUCUCGUCCCUCGGAAUGGCUUGAUGGCCGCCGUGCUAUUGUCCCUUGUGCACAUGUCCUCGGAGGCGGCAGCUCAAUCAACUUCAUGAUGUAUACGCGUGCCUCGGCUUCAGAUUACGACGAUUUUCAAGCGAAGGGAUGGACUACUAAGGAGUUGAUUCCCCUGAUGAAGAAGCAUGAAACCUAUCAACGAGCUUGCAACAACCGAGACAUCCAUGGUUUCGAGGGACCAAUCAAGGUCUCCUUCGGCAACUACACCUAUCCCAUUAUGCAGGACUUCCUCCGAGCAGCCGAGAGCCAAGGAUUCCCUGUCACUGAUGACCUUCAAGAUCUUGUUACUGGACAUGGUGCUGAACACUGGCUGAAAUGGAUCAAUCGUGACACCGGUCGUCGUUCUGAUGCUGCCCAUGCCUACAUUCAUGCCACUCGUGCCAAAUACCAGAACCUCCACCUGCAAUGCAAUACCAAGGUCGACCGUGUUGUCAUCGAGAAUGGUGUGGCUGUCGGUGUCCUCACGGUGCCCACCAAGCCUGUUGGCGGAGUUAACCCAGAACGCAAAUUCUGGAAGGCCCGCAAGCUAAUUAUUGUCAGCUGUGGAACACUGAGCUCACCCCUUGUUCUCCAACGAUCUGGCAUUGGUGACCCAGAGAAGCUCAAGAAGGUUGGUGUGAAGCCAAUCGUUGAGCUCCCCGGUGUCGGCCUCAACUUCCAAGACCAUUACCUCACCUUUGCAACCUACAGAGCCAAGCCAGACACAGAGUCUUUUGAUGACUUUGUUCGUGGUGACCCCGAAGUUCAAAAGAAAGUAUUCGAUGAAUGGAAUAUUAAGGGCACGGGCCCAUUGGCCACCAAUGGCAUUGAUGCCGGUGUCAAAGCGCGUCCAACAGAAGAGGAACUUGAGGAGAUGAAGUCCUGGCCGACGCCUGACUUCAGCCCCAGCGGCUGGGAUAGUUACUUCAAGAACAAGCCAGAUAAGCCAGUGAUGCAUUACAGUGUUAUUGCUGGUUGGUUUGGAGACCAUCUUGAUAUGCCGGCCGGCAAGUUCUUCACGAUGUUCCACUUCUUGGAGUACCCAUUCUCCCGUGGCUUCACUCAUAUUACGUCGCCGGACCCAUAUGAUGCUCCUGACUUCGAUGCUGGUUUCAUGAAUGACAAGCGUGACAUGGCACCGAUGGUCUGGGGCUACAUCAAGUCUCGCGAGACAGCACGUCGCAUGCAGGCGUACGCUGGGGAGGUGACUGGCAUGCAUCCUCACUUCAGCUACGGCUCGGAAGCCCGCGCCAAGGACAUGGACAUUGCUACUCGCAAUGCAUAUGGUGGGCCAAACCACAUCACCGCUAACAUUCAACAUGGCAGCUGGACCGCUCCUCUGGAAGAGGGAGAGCCCCCAGUGGCAAGCAUUCUGAACUCCAAUAGACAUCACUUCCGACCACCACUCAAGUACUCCAAGGAAGAUGUGGGACACAUUGAGAAAUGGGUGCAACGCCACGUCGAGACUACAUGGCACUCUCUUGGUACUUGCAGCAUUGCACCUAAGGAGGGCAACAGUAUUGUCAAGCACGGUGUCUUGGACGAGAGACUUAACGUGCACGGAGUGAAGAACUUGAAGGUCUCGGAUCUCUCGGUGUGCCCUGACAAUGUCGGUUGCAACACCUUCUCGACUGCUCUCCUUAUUGGCGAGAAGUGCGCUGUCCUGUCGGCAGAGGAUUUAGGAUACAGCGGAGCUGCUCUUGACAUGAAGAUCCCCAACUACCAUGCUCCUGGUGAGACAGUUAGCUUGACACGUUUGUAG